AUGGAUAUGAAACAACAAGAGCACGAUAGGGCAAUGGAAGUAGAAUAUGCAAAAGAAAGGGAGUAUGUACGCCAAGGAAAGAUUGAAAAAAAUGAUCGGGAAACCAUGGCUAUGGAUACAACCCAUAUGUCCCCCGAAACAAAACAAUUUUGGAAGUUAGAACGAAGGGAUGUUAUGAGACGAAGACUUUUUCGUGACGAUGGACCUAGCAACACGGAUUGGUUAAAUGAUCAAAACCAUUAA